GAGAAAGAAGAGAAGAUGGCAAGAACCAAGCAGACCGCUCGUAAGUCCACCGGAGGCAAAGCCCCCAGGAAGCAGCUGGCCACCAAGGCUGCCCGUAAGAGCGCCCCGGCCACCGGCGGCGUGAAGAAACCUCAUCGUUACAGGCCCGGUACCGUGGCUCUCAGAGAGAUCCGUCGCUACCAGAAAUCCACCGAGCUGCUCAUCCGCAAGCUGCCCUUCCAGCGUCUGGUCCGUGAGAUCGCUCAGGACUUCAAGACCGAUCUGCGUUUCCAGAGCUCCGCCGUCAUGGCUCUGCAGGAGGCCAGCGAGGCUUACCUGGUCGGUCUCUUCGAGGACACCAAUCUGUGCGCCAUCCACGCCAAGAGGGUCACCAUCAUGCCCAAAGACAUCCAGCUGGCCAGAAGGAUCCGCGGAGAGAGAGCUUAAACUAUCUGCUCCUUAAACAACAUCCACAACGGCUCUUUUAAGAGCCACCUACCUCACACUGAAGAGAUUCAUCCUACACUGAAAUACAUUUUUGAAUUGACACUAAACAUCAUGCAUCUGGAACUUAACGGGAUACUCUGUCCAUUUGCAUUGAGCUUCAUAGCAUUAGAAACCUGGCAGUGUUUAUUUAUUUAUUUUUCCCAAUGGUUGUGCAUCCCGCCAUCGUUUUUCCCUGAGAUGGGAAAUCUUUCUAUUUCUGAGUCUGAAAAAGAGCCUCCAAUGAUGGAAAAUAGCGAUUUUUUUUGCGUCACUGGAAGCUGUUGUGCAUGUACAUGGUUUUGAAACUCCAAGCUCCAAAUAAGGUUAAGUUAAUUUUGUUCCUAUUCCGAUCCAAACCCUGGUGAUAUAUCUAAGAAAUGAAACACAUACUUAAUCAUUACAAUAAGCCAUAUGAGAGUCAUAAAAUUACAAAAAGGAGAAAAAGUAUCUCUAAGUUUCAAAUCCCAGUCUAACAAAUAGAAACACAUGCAGUUGUCAUACAGGAAUAUAAUUAUGUUAAGAAAAUUUAUUUCUGAUAAUAGUCCAUUGUCGUGUUUGUGUAGGUCAUUCCAGAUGUGUUUGUUCACCACCUUAUUUGCCUCAAUGAAGGUUUAUUCUCUGGUGGGCCCACUGCCCAACAGACCUGUAGUAUUGCUUAAUAUGUAAAUUAUGUAACCUGAAACUUUCUCAAUCAGUCAGACAUAGUGUGAUCUUUCUG